AUGGAGUAGACUUGAUCUCACAGGAUCAGACUCAUCGCACUUGUCCUUGUCCAUCCUGCUGAAAUCCAUCUUCUCUGCGAAGCCUCCUGAGAUGCGACUGUACUAGAAAGAAGCCCCCCCACAACAUCUUCACAACUUCAGCUUAUUUGGCUAAAAAGAGACUUUUAUGGAACUUUUCACUUAAAUUGACCCACCUCCGAUCCAGAUUCGAAGGUUGUAGCGCCGUUGCACGGAUGGCAGAUUGAUACACUUGUUGCAUUUGUUCCACCUCAACGACUGGGACUUCACUCUAGUGACAAGGUCAGUGCUGGUCAUUCUAGGGUUCAGCACCAUCUGACUGCGCACCCCUCGACACCAUGUACAGCCAACAGCCCUUCCCAACGUUUGCCUUUAACGCCGGACUCGUGCAGGACCCCGCUAAUUGCCAUUUUGGGGGUUACACAGGCCUAGGACACCCCCAGCCCUUCUCAUUCGCCUUCUCUACGCUGAAAUCGGAAAAUGGAGACUCCGGAGUACAUGGUAUGGGGGACUGCACGACUCCUGUUAUGCCCUGGAACCCCCUGGCAUCUUUUGAUCACCAAGGCCAGAUGGAGAACAACCAGCAAGAGAAUCCGACCAGAGCUCAAAGCCCGAGCCUCAGCGACUCCAGGAUUAAGGUGAAAGAGGAGGUCGUCCAAGAAUCUGACAGCGGGGAAGAGUCCCCAGAACCCAAAUACCCCAGCCCCCCUAAUCCAUCUCUCUACUACCCCAACGCAUGGACUGGCACCCCUUUCUGGCAAGUGAACCCAGCGCCAAGCAGUAACUCCUGCUCCACCAACCCCAUGCCCAGCCAGACCCUUCUGAAAAACUGCAGCCUACCGGGAAACACCACCUUCCCCACCCCAGCCAACCAAAGCCCCAAUACUCCAGUAGACUGUGUGGUCUCCAGUAUGGAGAGCAGCCGGUGCAGUAGCACCAACUCUUCCAAUGGGGCAAUUAAUGAACGGGCCACCACUAUCCCUAAUGGUGGGAUAGUUGAUGGAGGACAAUCCAGCGACAAUGAGGAGGAAAUUCCCAGCGAAUCAGAAAUGGAGCAGUUUGCCAAGGAUUUAAAGCACAAGCGAGUGUCCAUGGGAUACACACAGGCAGAUGUUGGCUACGCCCUGGGGGUCCUGUAUGGAAAGAUGUUCAGUCAGACAACUAUCUGUCGCUUCGAGUCGCUGCAGCUCAGCUUUAAGAACAUGUGUCAACUCAAACCUUUCCUGGAACGCUGGCUGGUAGAGGCAGAGAACAACGACAACCUGCAGGAGUUGAUCAACCGGGAGCAGGUCAUUGCCCAAACACGGAAAAGAAAAAGGAGGACCAACAUAGAGAAUAUAGUGAAAGGGACCCUGGAGAGUUACUUCAUGAAAUGUUCCAAGCCGGGUGCCCAGGAGAUGGUGCAGAUCGCCAAGGAACUCAACAUGGACAAAGAUGUGGUCCGGGUCUGGUUUUGCAAUCGGCGGCAGAAGGGCAAGCGCCAGGGAAUGCCCACCAUAGAGGAAAAUGACGGCGAAGGCUACGAUGUUGCACAGACCAUGGUGUCGCCCCCUGUUGGACACUAUGCGCUGCAGCAGGUGGUGAGCUCACAAGGUUACAUGACCACUCCGCUCUCUUCAACGGCACCAAUUUAUGCGUCGGCUUUUCACAAGAACGAACUGUUCCCCCAAGGGGUUCCGCACGCAAUGGCCAUGGGGGGCCACAUCUGCUGAAAAUGAAACUUUCUUAGAGACUUAAGAUUCCAUAUUUCACCUUUUUGUUUUGCUUGUAACAGCGGGGGGCUCUUCAGCGUCAACCUCUGCGCCCUCCAUCUCCCACUUUUUAAAAAUACUUUUUUUUUUAUAAAACCCUUUAUCUCCAUGAACAGAAAAUUAGCUUUUUUAUUCCCCCUCCACAUGUCCAACAGCUGCUGGUGCUGGGAUAUGCCCCUGCCUGCACCCUAAUACUCUGUCUGACAGACAUCCAAUUAACUUAUUAACUGGUUUAACUUUUCCUUCAUUAGCCCUAAGUUUUUGGGGUGUUGCAUAUGCAACCAGACUCCCUGUAUCCAAUUAUGUGAGAGUUGCAGCCCCCCGAACUUGUAGGCAUUCAAUCUGCAGGGCCUGUGGGACCCCAGAAGUUGGAGGCUGCUCAUUGUAUUAUAGAUCCAAUGUAAAUAUUCCCACUUCCCAGUAUUCCCUAACACUUUUUUUUUUUAAAGAGAUUUUAUGCUUCCUGGUUGUAAGCGUCUAUUUAUGUAUAUUAUCCACAAUGCAAUGAACUCACAUUCCCAACCUU